AUGACGGCGUGGUUGAUGAAAAUGGAAAAGGUUUGAUUUCAAGUUUCUGGCUUACUGAACCCUAGAAUGAAGAAUCACAUGACGAUAAUCGUAAUAAACAUUUAAUUUUGUCUUUGAUUUAUAUUAAACAUGUAGAAGCAAUAAGAAAUAAAAAAUAAUUUGUUCCGUCUGCAUUAUCUUGGUCUCAGUGCAUGGUGUGGAAAACCGAGUUGGGAUGGGGUGUCAUGUUCAAAUGGCCUUAUAUAUCGUCUAAAAUCGAUUUCCAGCCGACCAUUUGAAAAAAUUGGUUUUGAUCCGUACCUUGGAUUUUCAAGGUGCAUAUAUUUGGAAUAGGUUUUACUGUUAUAUCGUCUGAAAGCGUCCACACUCUUAGCACAGGAGUCUUAUAUUCAUAUUGCAAAUCUCCCAAAAACUUAGAAACCUGCACUCCUGAAAUCCCAUUAACCUAGAAAGCUGCUGGAUCCAUAAUUUUUUGUUCUUUCUGAUUGUGUAUUAUAUUAGUUGUUUAUUGUAUUUAUUAUAUGUAAUUAAAUAAAUAUAAAUAAAAUGAAUAAAUAAAAUAUUAAAAUUGAUUUGUUAAUUAUGAUAAUUAUUUAUGAUGUCACCCAGAGGGCAGUUUCCUCGCCCCCUGGACCCUCCACCUAUGUGCAUGUACCGCGCUGUGUGAUGCUAUCGUUUACUCCCGUCUAGUUUGCCAUAUAAGAAAAUUUUUGUAAAAACUAUCAUAUUGCAAGUCUCCAUACAACGUUAGACUCUGUAAACUGUUUCGUCUUUCGCUAGCAGGAGUUUACGUUUUUGUCCCUUGUGUUCGACCGAUUUAACAUCCAAAACUUUGACAACACUUCCUUUAUUUUCUGCAGGCAAUAGAGGAAGCCCAUUUCUCUAAAAUUUCACGUGUGAAAUAUGUAAAUGUUCUGUAAGGGACUUUGAAUAAUUAUUAUUAUUAUUAUUUAAAAUUAUUUGAAAACAGUAUAGCCCUUCAGCGUUAAAUGAGAAACUAAUUUUCAAGGGGCCGUUUAUGAAUACAUAUGUACAUUGUUUAGAAAUACAACACACUUACUAUCUAUUUACAACAAUUUUAUCAAAAGAGAAUUAUGUUAAUUAAAUUGUCGAUGUAUUUCCCUCAUUAUGACUGGCAACAAACGGGUCUGACAAGUAGUUGAGCGUUUCACCCCGUAAUGCUUUAAAUGUCAUAAUGUGUUCACGUUUUUUAAGAAUGAUUUCAAUUUUUUCCCAACCUAAUUUUUCAAAUAUCUCUGAUGAUCUUAUUUCAUAAUUUGAAUCCGUUAUCACUCGAGCGGCUCGCUUAUGCAAUUUGUGUAGUUUUUCAAUAUGUGCACAACUACUAUCAUUCCAUACAUUCGAACAGUAUGUGAAAUGAGGUAGGACGAGUGCAUUACACAUGUUUCGAAGUGUAUCUUAACUUACAAAUUGCUUUGCUCUUUUCAAGAGAGCAAUUGACUAUAUAGGAAAUGUUUUUGUAGUGCGCAUCGUUAUGUUCUUUCCACUUUAACUGUUCAUCAAUAAUGACCCCAACAACUUUCUUACUUGAGACCUGCUGUAUAAUGUGGUUGCCAAUAACUAUUUGAGGAUUACUUGAAGAUUGUUGUAGUCUCUGUCUUGAGCCUACACCAGCAUGCAUUCAGUUUUUUCCUGAUUCAAUGUUAAUUUGUUGGCAAUUAGCCAUUUGCCAUCAUUCAAUUGCAAUAAAUUAUAAUGUCAUUGCGGCAAAAUUUGUAUACGUAUAUCUUUUGCAUGAUAGUUUAGUUUAGACGAAGAGGAUGUGUGGCGUGCUGUGUUCAGAUGGUCAAAAUAUCAAGCUAAAGUUGAAUUACCAGUUGAAGAUUGGACUGAUUAUGAACAUGAAAAUGUCUGCAAGGUGAGUAUCAGGCUCUAUUUCUCCAUCCACCCGCAUUUAAGGAAGGGAAAACAGGGCCUGAUUAGAUACUCAGGCUACCCAGGGUAGACAACUCCAAACAAAACAACUUGAUGCCGUAACAGAUAUGUGAAAAUCCAGAAUAUAAACAAUAGACUUUCACUCACUUUAAUGAGACUCCUGAAGAGGGGGGGGGGGGCUGAAAAAGAAGGGUCUAGAUCCCACUCCCAGUUCACUUUUAUUCUCAAUUCCAUCGAUCUCCCAGCCUUUUUUUUACCAAAUUUAAAAAUUCAAUAAGUAAAAAAGUUUAAAGUCUAAUGAAUACUAUAGCUGUCUUUUUUGUCACGUACUAGACAUGACUCGCAAUAGCAGAAAGAUGACCUCGAGCUGAAAAAGGACAUAAAAUCUUCCAGUUUUUUUAGGCAAAUUCUUAAUAAAAAAUUGUUCGUAGCUUUCUUUAAAGUUAUAUAUUUAAACUCUGAAAUGUUCAAUUGCAACUGUCUUUAUAAUGGUAUAGACCCAUUGCACUGACGUCACAAAUCCUUAGAGUGUCCUCCAGAUGCUCCCUAACAAUAUUUGUUCGGGUACAACAACCACAUACAGAGCAAAAAUUACCAUUUUAAUACAAAAUUAUUAUAAAGUUUUACAAAAUUUGCUUUGUUUACAAAAGUUAUAUUAGGCAUAGAUUGCUAAUUUGUCCUCCAGAUGCGUCGUUACCGGCGCUGUGACGUCAUGUGCAACGGGUCUAUAUGCAUGGAACAGAAUAAGGUUAUUACGUGGUAUAUGGGCUUCCCCAUUCUCAUCCCAUUUUCUCAGUCCUAAAAUAGGCAAAUCCCAUUUCCCUGUUUACCCCUUUAGGAUCCUUUCUAUAGUUAUUCAGCAUUGAUACGAACUAGUUAAGCCAAAGAUAUGUUACGAAGAAUCAACUUUCUCCGAAUUUGUAUGUAGAGCUUCUAGAUUUCGCUUUCUGAUCUGAUCCAAUCUUCUCGUCGACCUAGAGCACCGGCACACGUUUUCUCAAUUAAAACUUACAGUCCAUGUCAAAAGUAGAUCUCAAAACUCAUUAAAAUUCAUGAGUAAAUUAGCCAACCAUAUUGCUUUAUUUUGCUCACAUGAUAAUUAUCACUUAUUUACUGAGACCGAGGGAAACAGUGUGUUUUGUGGACCCGAGACCGUCGAUGUUUCCCGAGGCGAAGCCGAGGGAAACAUCGACGGUCGAGGGUCCACAAAACACACUGCUUUCCCGAGGUCUCAGUAAAUAAGUGUUUUAUUAUAUAUCAAUAGUCAAAGAAACAACAAAUUAAAGAACAAAUGAACGUAAAUACAUGAAAUAUUUUAUUGUUAAAACGUUAAAUUAAACACUGGCUACACUGCAGUUACUUGAAGCGAAAGUUUUAAUUACGUACUAGGAAUGUCCAAAGGUCGCAUCUUCACGUGAUGGCGCACGUGAAUUUUUUUGUUAUUCGCCGGUCGAUAACGUAUUAUCUCCCUCUCGCGCUGUUGCGAGGGAGACAGCCUAAUUUCGUCACUCUCACGUGAUAUGUUCUCAACCAAUAAAACACUAGAAAAAUGCGACUUUGACUAUUGAUAUAUAAUAAUACUGGAUACCUGAUGAAGUAUACUGAUCCAGUCCUAGAACUGGAUCAAAAUUAAUUCAAUCCUUGGACUGGAUCAAAAUUAAUUCACCUCGCUUUAAGUAGCGAUUUACUCGUAUGAGAUGUCAUUUCAAAUCCUCCAAUUCGGACUGGAGUAUAGAUUCUGUGAUUCAAGUUCUCGCACUUUGAUCCAGUCCUCAAUUUCGCCUACGACUUGAAUAUUACUUAAAACUGGAAAUCUUGUCCGCUAGUCCUCUCAUAGUCGGAUUUGAAAUAUUACAUAAAACAAUCAAAACCUUGAAUGUAGACGGCGGUGUGUUCUACUAUUCUUGCAUUGCUGAUGUUAAAAAUACCAAAAACUUUAGAAUAAUUUUUGUUGCAGUAUUUGUCCGAUGUAAUAGGUUAUGUACGGCUGCUAUUGGUUGACAGCAAAGUUUUUGCCGAAGAAAUAGAGCCCACUGGUGCUGUACCAAUGGAAUUGUCUCUCGAAAGGUACGUAUGUGGAAUAAUUAGCUAAUUCAUGCUUCAAUUUUAAUGUACAAAUUACCCGAACUUCGAACAGCUAAAGCCCCGUACACGCAAACGAGUUUUCCUUGAUAAAUUUUGUUGCUCAUCUGCACGGAAUGUUGUUAAACGUUUAUCUCACGUCCAGGCCGCGCCUUUUGUUUGCCAAAAGCAUGGAAGUAUUUCUUGUACAAUUGUCAAGUUUUACUUGGCGGCCGUACACACGAACAAAUUUUACUUGUCCAAAAGUUGGCGUCAGGGACGUCGCUAUAGGGGGGGGGGGGAGUGUAACACCCCACCAAUAAUUCAAACGUUGGUCAAAGUUGGUCAAAAUGGAACUGAUACUUGCCCAAAGUUGGUCAAAAUGGAACUGAUAUAUGCUUAAAAUUGAAGGUAAAACUCGGGAUAAAAGAUGGUCGAAGUUGCUCAAAGACAAAAUUAUGAAAUGUUCGCAAUUUUAACAAUUUUAAAGCUUUUGUUAUGUUUGCGGUGAAAAAAUCUUGGUCGAAAAAUUUUGAAUGUGCUUAUGUUAGUCCGGCAAAAUGUUUUUGACUAUGCUUAUGUUAGUGCGGAAAAUUUUUUCCGAUUUUUUCGCAUCAUUUCAACACCACAGUUGCAAAAAACUUUCCACGUUAUGAAUAUGCAAUCUGCAAAAUAUUGCAAGUCAGGCACUUUUAUUAUACUCUGGCGACCUGUUUAGUUGGAGAUUCGGACGUCUUAAAAUAGGAGCGUUUCUGCAGGGGGUUUUCAGUGUAUACUAGACAAUUUUGCACAUUUGCAUAAUCAACACUGUCUUAUAGAUAAACAUUUCAUCCUCUUUUUUUAGCAACACUGAAACGCAAUGUUUCUCUUUCCAUAUAUAGAUACAGAUACGCUGCCGUUCCCCAGAAAUUCAAUGAUCACGAUGACGUCAGAUUACGACCACGUGUUCACACCAAGAAAUUUCAUGGUACAACAAUAUUGUGGAAAAACAACUCAAAAUAUCAAGGCAUCUUAAAUAACUGGUGAGUACACGUGAACAAUCAUGCACGACAUAUACACGCCAAACAAGCAAAAAGGGAAGUACAGAUAUGUGUUCCUGUCACAAAUUUGAUAAAAUAAGAACCUGCUUUGAAAUUCUAGCCUAACAGGGGGCUAAGUAAAAAUAUUUAGCCUAACAGGUUCUUAAAUUAUCGGUUCAUAUGCGGGGUUUUAAUAUAUUAGGCCGUAUUCCCUGACCGCUUUUCGUUCAGUUUUGUUGCCCCCCUUCGGGCACUACUUUAAAUUCACAUGAAUCUAUAGAUUUUUAUACGCUGAGUACGAAUUUACUUGUUGUCACUCGCACAAACCUGCAGUUUGUUUGUAUUUUACGAUCAAACAUCAACAUUUUUUAUUAAAAUUUCCGCCAUUUUGUUCAGGAAACUUCAUGUUAUAUACAAUUAUUGUACUAGUUCAAGUCUCUUAGCAGGGGGGUUGCACGCGGUAUUACGCAUUUUUAUCAUUCUUCUGAGGAAAAUAUACGGAAAUAAAUAAAAAUAUAGAUAUGUUUUCACAAUAUUAAAAUGCAAAAGGUAAUAAUACAUGUUUGUAUAUAAUCAGGAACUAAUCUACUAUUCUUUAUUGCACCAACUUUUGGGUUUUUUGCCCUCACCUUGAUGUGAAAUUUCAAAGACUGUCACUAUAUCCACAAAGACUCACUUGACUUGUCCUUGGUAAAGUUGUUUAUUUUAUUUAUUACUGAAAUUAUGUACAUAAUUUUAGCCUUACAAUGUGAAUAGGCAAUUUUUCUUUCAAAUUUUUGUUAACAAUGAAUAAGGAGCACAAUAUACUUGUUGUUUAAUUAAUGUUAGACCUUGUCACCUAUUGUUGUUUAGUAUAAAAUGUUAGACCUAGUCACCUAGAUAAUUUAUUAACACAAAUAGACCAUUGCCCAUUAGUAGCAGUUGACCUCAAUCAAAUUAGCUCAUCCAUUUAAUAAAUCUGCACAUAACGAGUUCCAACACAGUUAAUAGAAUAGAUGGUUUGGCUGAAACUCAUUAUUUAUGUUAGUCAACAUUUAUUCAUAAAUCUGGUCCUUCAUCCUCAUGUGUGUACUGUAUUCUUGCCAAAUCCACCUUGUAUUCUUGCAAUUCCCAAUUUACCCUAUUGUUCGAGUCACAGAUAGGUAACUUUCCUAAGACAUUGCUAUUGGUUAGUUGGGUAAAAAUACAGAGACCAGAUUUAUCAAUAAACCAGUGGUGUAACUUUUUUUUUUGACCACUUGCUUUCAGGGCAAUUUGCCAGGGGGUAUAAAUCAAGGGGGCAACAUGUCGACUCAUUGUCCCACUGCUCUAUAUGGCUAUGUUAUCCUUCCUUAGAUCUAGCUUUGGCCCACAAAAAACAAAAUUUGAAUCAAGUACAUGCACCAUAAAAAAAUUAUCCGAUAAUGAAAGCCGAGCUUUUUGUGACAAGAGGCAACUUGCCCAAUCGGGGGCAAGAUAAAACAUUUACUUGCCUGUCAUGAUAUUCACUUGCCCCGGGCAAGUGUUAAGUUACACCUCUGUAAACAUUGACUAACAUAGAUAAUGAGUUAUAUUGUUAUUCUGAUGAGUUUCCAAACCAUCUAUUCUAUUAACUAUGGUACAGGUAUGUUCCAUUUUCUUGUAUUAUCAUAAAAUUUUUGCUAUCAUGACAUUGAGCUUUAUAAAAAAAACUUUUGGAAGAUAUCUUUCACUCUAAGACAGACUGACAGCCUACUUUUGGUCUGUUUAUAUAGAGUUUUAACCCAGCAAUAUUUUUUAAUCAAUUUAUUGUUAUUAAAGUAUUUACAUUAGCAAAUGGUGGCCAUACAGAACAUAGCCCCAAUUGAUUACAGCUAUAAUACAAGAAGCUUGCUUGGUGUUUCAAUUUAUAUGACACUGUUGAGGCAAGCAUAUGCAUGGGCUUGCUGGAACAAAGGUACUAAGCAAAAAAUUAUAUUCACACAAGCAAAUCUCAAAGUCAUGCCACCUAAAGACAUGAACUGGUCGAGCCAUUUGAGGUUUAACAACAUAUUGUCAUGAUACAUCAUCACCUUAAUAAGCUCUAAUCCUAUUUGAGCUGCCACUCAUUACCUAGCACUUGGAGAAGGGAUAAUUUAUUAAUUUAUAUUUGGCCAGGCAGGCACUAGAAAUUUAAAGUAAUCUGGCAUCACUAUACCUACCAAUAUGCAUUAGUUACAUAAACCUUCUUUCCAGUUGGGCUAGUCUAGCUGCCUAGCCAAGACUCUUUUUUCCAUGCCUUAGAUCUUGGAUAACAGCUGGGCAUUAAAUAAUAAUCUAUUCAUCAUUUCCUUUAUAGGGGGUACUCAAGCCAGCCGGAUACCCGAGCUAGCUUGCUUUGCCAAGAUAGCGUCGCUAUGUAAUUUAAACUAAUAUUCAUCUUGCAUUUAUAUGGAACUGGGCUGGCCUGUCUAGGCAAGAUCUUGAGAAGUAAAAAGUAUUAUAUUAUACUAUUUAUAGCAGUGAUACCAAUGAUCUGUUUUUGCGAGCCAGCCCACCUCAAUUAAAAGUCUCUUGUAAACAUGGGAUGAAAUCAACUCGGAUUACCUGGGCUGGUUCACCUAGGAGAUUAGAAAGUUUCAAAGUUAAAAUUUAUUUUGAAAUCUCUCUGAGGGAUAAAACCUUCAAAACUUUAUUGUUGACAAAAUUUUCAGGUAGAGAAUACCCAGGAAAAUUGCCUAUUCAUAUUGCAAGGCUAACAUUAUGUACAUAAUUUCAAUAAUAAAUAAAAUAAACAACUUUACCAAGGACAAGUGAGUCUUCAUGGAUGACAAGAACAGUAGAUUAUUUCCUGAUUAUUUACAAACAUGUAUUAUUACCUUUCACACUUUAAUAUUGUGGAAACAUAUCUAUAUUUUUAUUUAUUUCUGUAUAUUUUCCUCAGAAGAAUGACAAAAAUGCGUAAUACCGCGUGCAACCCCCCUGCUAAGAGACUUGAACUAGUACAAUAACUGUAUAUAACAUGAAGUUUCCUGAACAAAAUGGCGGAAAUUUUAAUAAAAAAUGUUGAUGUUUGAUCGUAAAAUACAAAAAAACUGCAGGUUUGUGCGAGUGACAACAAGUGAAUUCGAACUCAGCGUAUAAAUAUCUAUAGAUUCAUGUAAAUUUAAAGUAGUGCCCGAAGGGGGGCAACAAAAAUCGUUUUCUAAGCGACUUUUGGGGCCAGGGAAUACGGCCUAUAUGUGCAUUUUAGCGUGCUUAUUCAAUUACAUACGCCAGAAUACAAAUAGCAGACCUACAAAAACAGGCUUUAUUCAGUUUAUAAAUUAAGACGCUGCACAGGAAACAAAAGUAACCUUAACAACAAAAAACCCAUGCAAUGAAGAUGAAGUUUUUCUCUAGGAAAAUAUAUUGCAUUUCGUUUUAGAAUAUACUGAAUAUCACAAAUAUGUAAAAUUCCUAAUAGAUUUCACGAUAAGCCAUAUAAAGGACAGACAAUUUUACUCGUCAAGGGGAAAGUGCUGGCACUCAAAUGGGUUACGCUUGUUGUAAUAGCAGACACCGGAUCGUUUUCCCCGGAACUUAGCUGUUUAUAAGGUUAUUUUAAAAAUCUUCAAUUUAUUACAGUAAUCGAAGUCCUUAGCUCGCAAUCUUGAGAUGAAAUUGAGACCUCGUGUCUUCUUCUCUAAAUCUGUCUAUUUUCUAUCAUGAAUGCCGCGACGAUUUUCAGGUUUGGAGAUACCCAUCAGGAAUGGCAACUUAUUUACAAAGCCACCAAAGAUGGAUUCUCUUCACAAACAUUUCAUGAGAAAUGCGACGACUUUCCAAAAACAUUUACCGUUGUGGAG